UCAUUGAAAAUUGUUUUUAUUUUUAUUUUUUUUAACGUUUUGAAUAACGGAACGGGCCCCCCUUUGGGAAAUUAUUUGUUCUACGCACCUUGAUCGGGUUUGUAUUAUUGACGACUAAUGUAAAUCUAGUAGUAUUGGAAUUUUUUUUUUUAAAACUUGAAAUGCCCGAGUGGGAAAACUGGUUCGAGAUCGCCAAACAGUGCAAAUAUUUGCCAGAAAACGAUUUAAAGAAAUUGUGUCAGAUUGUAUGCGAUUUGUUGAUUGAAGAAGCUAACAUCCAGCCGGUCAGCACACCGGUAACAGUUUGUGGCGACAUCCAUGGACAAUUUUAUGAUCUAGAAGAAUUGUUUAGAAACGGAGGCCAAGUCCCAGACACUAAUUAUGUGUUUAUGGGUGAUUUUGUUGACCGUGGAUACUACAGCCUGGAAUCUUUAACUAGACUUUUAACCCUAAAAGCAAAAUGGCCACAUCGCAUCACAUUACUUCGAGGCAAUCAUGAAUCAAGACAAAUCACACAAGUCUAUGGAUUUUAUG